UGCUCGAGAAUUCUCCGGCAGCAUCCAGUUCUCGUUAAGCCACCGUCUCUUAAACCCAUAGCCAUGAGACACCUGUGUCUCGUUGCCUUUCUCGGCAUCCUUGCCUUGACAAGCGCUGCUAGUAAGAAAGAGGAUCUUGAACGUGCUGCUGAACUUGCAGUGGAACGUGCUGCAGAGAGAGCAGCGGAAAGGGCAGUCGAGAAGGCCCUGGAAAGUGGAUCGACGGAAACAAAAACCGAUACGAUCUACGAAUCUCAUUCCAGUGUAGAUAAGAAGAAUCAGAAGCGUGGAGCCUUCGAGUUGAGUGGCGGAAACGAAGGUUGGAACUCUGGAGUUAAUAUCGGAGAUGGUUGGAAUGCUGGGGGUAGCGUCGGAGGAGGCUGGAACGCAGGAGCAGGUUCAGGAUACGCUUUGAACUACGGUGGAGGAUGGUCAGGUGCAGGAUCUUCAGGAUGGGAUACUGGAUCCUCCGGAUGGAAUGUCGGAGGACACGAAUCGGUCAAAACUGUUACAGUUGAGAAGAAAGUACCAGUUCCCGUUACAGUUGAAAAAAAAGUUCCAGUUACAGUCUACAAGCAUGUCCCUUACGAAGUUAAAGUACCAGUUCCACAACCUUACACUGUUGAAAAGAAGGUUCCCUACCCAGUGAAGGUCUACGUCAAUGUUCCCGUUCAUGUACCACAACCGUAUCAUGUUGAGAAGCAUGUUCCCUACGAGGUUAAGGUUGACAGACCAGUCCCGUACAAGGUAGAGGUUCCAGUACCUCAACCCUAUACAGUUGAGAAGAGGGUACCUGUCGAAGUGAAAGUCGGUGUUCCUCAACCCUACACUGUUGAGAAGAAGGUUCCGUACGAAGUCAAGGUUCCAGUACACGUACCGACCCCGUACGAAGUUAUAAAGAAGGUUCCAGUACCUGUACAGGUUCCUGUUGAUCGUCCUUACCCAGUUCCCGUACCUAAACCCUAUCCCGUUGAAGUUGAGAGACCCUACCCAGUUGAAGUAGCUAAACCCUACCCAGUUCAUAUCAAGGUCCCAGUAGACAGACCUUAUCACGUCCCUGUUGACAGGCCAGUUCCAGUUCCAGUCAAAGUACCAGUACCUCAACCCUACCCAGUUGAAAAGCCCGUACCUGUUGAGGUUGAGAAACCUUAUCCAGUUCACAUAAAAGUACCCGUUGACAGACCCUACACAGUCCACGUCGAAAAACCAGUACCAGUAGCCGUAGAAAAACCAUUCCCAGUCCACAUUAAGGUUCCGGUUCCAGUGAAGGUUGAGAACCACGGCUGGUCCGGAAGUGAAAUUUCGACAGGUGGAUGGAACCAAGAAUCAGCCGGAUGGGCAGGUGGAAAUAGCGACUGGUCGGGAAAUCAAGGAUGGUCCAGCGAUUAAUACCUAACGUUUGGAUAUGCACCUCUUGUACAUUUCUCGUUAUAACUUAAUAUUACGUCUCUACGCAUAGUGAUACGUAUCAAUUACGGAUAUUAAUAAAGACAUGUUUUUUUUUUACGUAUCAAA